AUGGGACCGAAAUGGGUGUGCGACGGGGAGCCAGACUGUCUGGACGGGAGCGACGAACGACAGAACUGUGAGGUGAAAGAGUGCCAGGGCGAGGAGUUCCGGUGUUUGAAGUCGGGUCGUUGCUUGCCGGCUAUCUAUCGGUGUGACCGCGAGCCGGACUGUGGAGAAGACGCUCACGGGAAUGUCGACAUUUCUGAUGAAGACCCGGAUAUGUGUGGUUCUCCCCUCGCCUGCCCCCCAAAUACCCACCGAUGCCUGACCGUCCAGAGUUGCGUCCCGUUGGAAAAGUUUUGCAACCGCCAAAAGGAUUGUCGUGACGGAAGCGACGAGGGCCCUUUCUGCGACUCGGGCUUCAUCCCGGUGUGCAGCCAGAACUGCCAGAACGUGGCCAAUACCAACACGUCCACGCCGAAGUUUGAGUGUUCGUGCAGCAAUGGUUUCGAAUUAAAAGACGGGAAUCGUUGCGAACCCAUUAAUGGCCAAGCCUCCUGGAUGUUGCUGGUCAGCGAGGGCGAAGUGAGGAUGCGCCAAAUGUCCGGGCUGCACGGCCGCGACGAGGAUAGGCAGUAUAAGAAAUUUAAUUUCAAUGCCUUCGACGUGGACGUUCGUAAAAAGUCGGUCUGCUACAUCUACAACCGACUCAACGAUGCGGAUUUCGGGUCGGUCGGCGUCAGCGACGAGUCGGUAUUUGAAUGCGCCCCGUUCGACGCGUCGACGGGCGACAUCAGCAAGCCGACGAUCACUAUUGCCUCGCAAAGCUAUGAAUUGACAGGCGUAACGAGCAUGAGACUCGAUUGGAUUUCUAGAAAUUGGUACUUUGUCGACGCCGCUUCGAGGGUGAUCAUCUUGUGCAAAGAGGGCGAUUUUUCCUCCUGCAAAACCAUCGUGCACAACGGGCUCGACAAGCCGGCUGCGAUGGUCGUUGACCCGAUGGCCGGCUACUUUUUCUAUGCCGACAAUGGGGCAAAACGGACGGGAAUCUGGCGUUUCGACCUUGAUGGGCAAAAUCGGAAGAACAUGGUCGAUAAGGCGGUUGUUCUGCCAAGAGGUUUAACCCUUGAUUUGAACACGAAGACCCUCUACUAUCUCGACGCCUACUUGGAAUCCAUUCGGGCCGUUGAUUAUGAAAUGAAAGGAAAAUCAAGGCUCGUAGUGGCCGGAAAAACGCUGAAAUCGAUGAACAGCAUGCUCAUUUUUGGCUCGCACCUCUACUUGGUCGGGCGGAACAAAAUCGCCGAGUACGACGUGAUGAAGGAUGAGAAACAGCGCCCCGCCCUCUACGACAGCUACAGCUUUGACGACUCGGCGCACUCGCUUUACGUGGUCGAUUCGACGAUACAACCGGAAACUGAAAGCCCAUGCACCAAAGCCAGCAGUAUCUGCUCAUCGAUUUGCAUCACAGCCCGCAAAAACGGAAAAGACGGACAGAUCGGAACCCGAUGCCUAUGCCCGGAAGGAUACACAAAUCGCAACGGAAGGUGCGAAAUUGGGGGUGUGAAUGAUCCGCUGCUGAUUUUUGCCCGAAUCCGGCCGGCCAGACUCUCAAACUGUGAAGGACUGGCUUUCGAGUGGACUUCCGGCAAUAUCUAUUACACCGAUCAAGGACUUCGACAAAUCGGCGUAUUUUCCACGCGAGACCCAAAGCUGAGAAAGGUGCUCUUCAGCGACGGACUUCGAAAUCCAAGAUCGAUCGCGGUGCAUCCGAUGAAAGGAUACCUCUUCUUCUCGGACUGGUCGGAGAACCCAGAAAGCAAGGCGAAGAUCGAGCGCGCGAAGCUGGACGGCAGCCAAAGAAAGGAGUUGAUCAUCUCCAGAAUACAAUGGCCGAACGGGUUGGCCAUCGAUUAUGAGAACGAUUUCCUGUAUUGGUGUGACGCCUUCUUCGCACAUAUUGAGCGCGUUAGGCCGAAUGGGUCGGAUCGACAGCUCAUCGUCUCCUCCAGCUGGGCCAAUCAUCCAUAUGGCAUUUCCGUCUUUAACGGCUUCAUCUUUUGGUCAGACUUCAAGGAGGGCGUCAUCCGGCGGGCUCGCCUGUCCAACGACCCGAAAAAUGCGACCGACGUCGUGACGGUGUACGACGAGACAUCGCCCAUUUUUGAACUGCAGAUCUACGAUCAAGGGCUGCAAAAGCAAACAUCAGCCUGCUCGAAGGACAAUGGAGGCUGCGAGCAGCUUUGCUUCCCGAUGGGCUGCAAGGGGACCGUCGGAUGCGAGCCGGGAAAGUGUGGAUGUGUGGACGGGUGGAAGACGGAUCCGGGAAAUCGUAAGAAAUGUAUUGCCGAUCCCGACUUCAAGCCGAAGCCCUUCUGCAGCGAGGCCCUAUUCAAAUGCGCGCGGCAGCAGAAAUGCAUCGACAAAUCACGAGUCUGCGAUGGGGAAGAUGACUGUGGGGAUGGUAGCGAUGAAGACCCAGCGACGACGUGCAAGGACUUCAAAUGCCUUGACGGCAGGGAUUUCAAAUGCGACGGCACGCUGUGCAUCGACCAGAAAUGGGUGUGCGACGGUCGUGUAGAUUGCGGCGAUCGCUCGGACGAAGAUCCGACGAGGUGUAAAUACAAGAAAAUCGACUGUCCCACGAAUCACUUCUCAUGCUCCACGUCGCAGCGCUGCAUCCCGCAAUCAUGGGUCUGCGACGGGCAGUAUGAUUGUGGAAAUGGUGAUACCUCGGAUGAGAACAGCACGGAGUCACGAAAAGCCGGCACGAACAUCUGCAAGGCUUCGCAAUUCAAAUGCAACAACGGCAAAUGUCUCUCAAUGCGAUAUGUUUGUGAUGGGGUAGCGGAUUGUCGUGACGGCAGCGAUGAGAUGAACUGUGAACAGGAGUGCGUCCCCGGUCAUCAAUUCCAAUGUGGCCCCGGCCAACCAUGCUUGUCGGCCAGCUUCCGGUGCGAUGGCUUCAGCGAUUGCCCGGAUGGUAGCGACGAGCAGAACAGCAUCUGUCCAUCGCUUGUCCUCUUCGAUAAUCGCGAUGGCUGCCCAACAAACCUAUUUACGUGCUCGCGCACCGAAUGCAUUCGGCCGCACUUGGUGUGCGACGGAAAACAGGACUGUCAGAAUGGGAAGGACGAGGAUGGAUGCGCCAUCUCAUCCAAGUCGAACCCACAGCGCUGCUUGGAACCGAAUUUCCUCUGCAAGAACGACACCGCCUUCACCUGUUUGCCACCGGAACGGGUCUGCGACCUGAACCCCGACUGCCCAAAUGGGGAUGACGAGGGAUUGCUUUGUGGAGAGAGGAUGUGUCUGCGCGGGUUCUUGUGCGAGCAAAAAUGCUUCGACCGCCCGACCGGAUACACGUGCUCUUGUGACGACGGAUUUGCCCUGGAUUCGGAUGGGAAGACCUGUACAAGAUCUGACCCGUGCGCCUUUGGAUCAUGUUCUCAACUCUGCAAAGCACAGGGUAGUCGCCCGUAUUGUUAUUGUGCGAACGGGUAUGAGAUGAAAAGUGAUCGCUUCACCUGCAAAGCCUCAGACGCUUCCCCGCAACCGUUCCUGCUUUACACGAAUCGGCAUGAGAUCCGAAUGCUGCUCUCUGGAACCUCAGCCUCUGUACCAUUGAUGUCAUCAAUGCGCAAUGCCAUUGCUAUCGAUUACUACUACACGGACGAUGAUAAUAUCACGUUAUUCUGGACGGACAUCGCCAUGGAUUAUAUCUAUUCUGGGGAUUUAAUCAAUAAAGUGCUGCUCAACGCGCGCCCUAUCGUAAAAUACGGAGUGUGGACGGCUGAAGGACUCGCGGCCGACUGGCUCGGGAAGAACAUCUACUGGGUCGACAGCUUCUUGGACCAGAUCGAGAUGGCCUCCUUUGACGGGAGCAUGCGAACCACCGUGCUUCGGGGCGAUAUGUACAACUUGCGGGCCCUCGCCCUCGAUCCGAAGAAGGGGCUCAUGUUCUGGACUGAUUGGGAGGAAUCCCGGCCUCGAAUCGAGCGCGCAACGAUGGCAGGCAACCAGCGGAAAGUCAUCUUUUCGGUAAAAGACGUCAAAAACGGCGGCUGGCCGAACGGAAUUACGGUAGACCCGAUCGUGGAGCGUCUUUAUUGGCUUGACGCCAAAUCCGACAGCAUCCACACGAUCGACUAUGAUGGGAAAGGCCACGUCGAGGUGCUGAGGGAUAGCAUCCAUCUCGCACAUCCCUUUUCGAUCUCCCUGUUCGAGGGGGAUGUCUAUUGGACGGAUUGGCGGAUUAUGGCCAUCGUUAGGGCCAACAAAUGGAACGGGACCCGGGUCCAGAUCAUCGAGUCGACAUUCUCGCAGCCGUUUGAUUUGAAGAUUGUGCAUCGAUUGAGACAACCGAGAAGCGAACGCAGCAACCCGUGCGCUUCCGGAAAUGGCUGUUCCCACCUAUGCCUACUUGACGGUAUUCGUGGCCGUAAAUGCGCAUGCCCGCAUUUGAUGCGGCUCGACAAGGACAAUCAGACAUGUCUUGCUGUAGAGCGGACACUGUUCUUCUCGUCGAACAGCUCGGUUUGGGCCCUCGACUUGGCCCCGCCCAACAAUCCAGUCUUCCCCAUCAUUGGGAUGAGGGGCCAUGAACCUAUUCGAUGCCUUACCAGCAACAACCACUCGAUCUUCUACGUCGACACCCGAAGAAAGUCGGUUUCACGGGUCUCGUUGACCUCGAACGAUGGGGAACAGCCCGUGUGGACCGGCGGCGAAGUGGAGAACAUCAUCUGGGUGACACACCACCCGAGUUUGCCCCUCCUCUUCUACGUGACGAACAAGACCGAUGGGACGCAUAUCAUCUCCGUCACCGACUCGUUUGGAAAUUUUAGGCGAGUACUGGCGACGAGCCGUGAGCAGCCGGUAAUGAAAAACGCGUUCAGCCUGACGGUCGUCUCCGACAAGGAGGCCGAACUGUUGAUGCUCGAGACACCGGAAGGGAACUGGGCCCUAGACCUUAAAGCCGAGGUGUUGCGGAAGAAGUGGCCAGACUCGGAGGAGAGCCAGCGGAACCAUUGUGGGAAUCUGACGCUGGAGGAUUGCAUCCGGAGGGCCGGAUGGGCAAAGUUCGAUUGGCGUGCGCUUCGCGUGUUCGAAGUGGAGAACGGGACACUGGUCGCCUACAAGGGCUACGGUAAUUACCGUAUCCCCGACACCUCUGUCGCCCCAAUACCUAUGCCAAUCAACGGGCCAAUCGAUGGGCUAAUGGUGCACUACCAGAUCCAGAACGACUACGAUCGCCUCAAUAUCGACGGCUGCAAAAAGGCGGCUUGCGCCCAUCACUGUAUCCCCAUCUACAAGGAGAAGAAGGUGGUCACCUAUCAGUGCGUCUGCUCAAACGGAUACAGAGAAGAGGGACCGAACUGCUUGCCGCAGUUGAACAUGCUCGUCUACAUCACCGACAACUAUCAAGUACGGACGAUGUCUAUCGACGAUCCAACGUCCCCCCUCGAUCCAAUCCUCCUGAAUCCCACCGUGACCGCAAAGAAAAUCCAUAACCUAGCCAUCGACGCCGUACGCGACGUCAUCUACCUGUACGCCGGGGAGAAGAAUGAAUUAUGGAGGAUCGAUAGACAAACAUCAACCUACAAGCUCUUAAUCGGCCCCGGCGCCCAGCGGAUCACCUCCCUGGAUGUAGAUGAGGUUUCCGGCCUUCUGUUUGCCGGAUUCCGAUUGACGGCAAAUUCGGGGUUGAUCCAAGUCGUCAACCCGGUGAACGGGACGACGCUGGCAAUUCUGAAAGACGAGGAAAGGGCUCCGGCAAAUGUGAAGGUCGACGCGGAGGCCGGGUACGUCUUCUGGAGCUCGAACGGCACCGUGAAGAGGGCCAACCUUGACGGCACGGAGAUGGCCAUCAUCCGCCGGAAGCCUGUGGAAGCAUUUGCCGUCGAUGGAAAACGCUUGUACUUUGUCACCUCAGAAAAGUCAGCCAUCGACUCGAUCGAUUACGACGGGAGGGAAGAGGAGAAAAGUGUGCACUCGUACUUGCCGCAGACGUCGGCCAUCCGAAUAGCUUUCGACACGAGAGCUGGGAAGACUGUCUUCUACGAACGUGGACGCACCAACGGCAGCUUUGUCAUCGGUGAGGGGGCCUCUGAGCAGCGAAUCUAUCUUGGGAAACCAAGGCUGUUGGAAGUGAGGGUCUUCGCCAAGUCGGAGGUGGUGAAGAAGAAUGGAUGUGCGGCAGCCGGAUGUGAACAUCUUUGUCUAUGGGCUAGAAAGCCGGUGUGUGCAUGUUGGAGCGGAAAGGUUGAGGUGGAAACUGGACGGUGUGUAGACCACGACGCCUUCCUGGUGUUCUCGCGCGCCCGGUCGCUGAACUUCCUGCAGAUCCAGGACUCGAAGUGGACAAUUAACCACCCGAAAUUUGCACAUCCCCCUCUCGCCGAGCCGUCGUUGAUCAGAAACGCGGCGUCGGUUGCGGUGGACGUGGAUCGGGACCGAAUUUUCUAUUCUGAUUUGGUAUUGAGACGGAUUAUGGUCUCGGCUGUUGAUGGGAGCGACGCGUAUCCGAUUGUUGAAGGCGUCUCCGGAAUCGAGGCCAUCUCUCUCGACACCCUCAACCGUUACAUCUAUUACACCACCUCAACCCCACCGGCCAUCUGGCGCGUGCCCGUCUUAGAGGACGACCCCGACAAGACCCCAAAAAGACCCGAGCUCCUCCUCAUGCUCUCCGUUAGCGAUAAACCGCGCGGGAUUGCCGUCCACCCCUGCCGGAUGCUGAUCUUCUUCACGAAUUGGCAGCCGCAGCAGCCGGCCGUCGAGCGCGUCUACUUCAGCGGUUACAAGCGCGAGCGGAUCAUCACCGAGAAUCUGGUCUCGCCCAGUGCGAUUGCGGUCGACUUCGCAGCCGACAAGCUGUACUUCACGGAGGCGCAGACCGGGACAAUUCAGAGGGCUGAUUUCGAUGGGACACAUCGGGAAACGGUGCUCACAAAUUCGAACACGACGGAGCGGAAGAAUUCUCAUCCUUAUGCGCUGGCGAUUCUGGACGAUACGAUCUACUUCAGUGAUUGGUUCCAGAGGGCGAUCAUCCGUAUCAACAAGUUGGACGGCGGGAACCGCAAGAUCGUCUACCAGAAUAUGUCCGACCAACCGAUGGGCAUGGAUGUUUGGAACGUCAAACGAGAGCCGAUUUGUACCAAUGAUCCUUGCGACGGCGCCGACCUGAGAUGUGGUGAUCUUUGCCGGCUUUCCGCCGAGGGUGUCCCCCAUUGUGCGUGCAACGGCGAGCGUACCCUCAACGCGGACAACCGCACCUGCUCCGGUGACCUCUACGCCUCAAAGUGUGCUCUCAACGAAUUCCUGUGCGCCAAAAGCGAGCGCUGCAUCCCGUACGAGGAGACAUGCGACGGUGUGCGUGAAUGCCCGGAUGGUGAAGACGAACAGGUCGACUUCUGCUUCGAUCGCACGUGUCGCGAUGGCUAUUUCUCAUGCGGCGAUGGACUCUGCGUGGACUUGACGAAAAAGUGCGACGGGAAAAACGAUUGCCCGAGCCGGCGUGAUGAGAUGCAGUGCGAGUGCUCGAGUCGACAGUUCCGAUGCGAGACCGGGGAAUGUCGUCCGCUGACCGACCGCUGCAACUUUGUCAAAGAUUGUCUGGACGCGAGCGACGAGAAGGGGUGUCCGAAAUCGAAUUGUUCGCUAGAAACGUUUGGGAUGGCGAGGCUGAUCAACUGCGAGCGGACGACACAGUGUAUUCAAGCUGCUUGGCUGUGUGAUGGUAGUGACGAUUGUUGGGAUGGAUGGGAUGAAGAAGAGUGCUUUGAACAUCUACUCCCCGUCCCGAAGCGACCGACCCCAACUAGCCGCCCGUGCGAUGCGUCCGAAUUCAAGUGCAAGCUGACCGGGUCGUGCAUCAACCGUGGCUGGGUAUGCGACGGUCAGACCGACUGCGCGGACGGCAGCGAUGAAGCCGACUGCAAGAACGCGAAGACCUGCCCGGGCUUCCAGUGCACUUCCACCAAAAAGUGUCUGACCAUCGACCGGAAGUGCGACGGGAAGAAGGACUGCGAGGGCGGGGAAGACGAGGCGGGCUGCGACGACGAGUGCACGGCCGAUAGUUUCAACUGCACCAACCACCGCUGCAUUCCAAUGUCGUGGCGAUGCGACGGCACUGACGAUUGUCGCGACGGCGGGUCGGGCGCGGGAUCCGACGAGAAGAACUGCAAGACGCCGGAUACGAGAUUUUUUGCUUGUAAGCCGAACGAGUUCCGGUGCGGGAACGGGUCGGACGUGCAGCUGAUGCCGGCGAUUACGCAAUGCAUUCCAAAGUCGUAUAUCUGCGACGGGUUUCCGGACUGUCGCGACGCAACUGACGAACGAGGGUGUAGUAACCGGGAUUGCUCGACAUGGGAAUUCAGAUGCGACAGCGGCCAAUGUAUCCCCCGUAACUGGACGUGCAACGGCAUCUCGGACUGUGCCGAUCGGACUGAUGAAGCCGAUGCUACAUGUUUGGGGCCUAGGCGGGGCCAAUGUUCGGCUGGACAACACCACUGCGACAAUGGGAUCUGCAUUGAUUCGGCCCUGCUGUGCGACAAGAACAAUGACUGUGGCGACUGGUCAGACGAGAAGAAAUGUGGCGUCAAUGAGUGUCUUAGAAGUUCCCCAUGCCAAGAAGGUUGCCGCGACCUUAAGGUGGGCUACGAGUGCUUCUGCGUACCACCUCGACGACUCUCGAUGGAAGACCGCGUAUCAUGCACCGAGUCCGACCCGUGUGCCCUCGCCAACUGCACCCAGGGCUGCGUCGUCAAGGGCGAGAGACCUCUCUGUCUCUGCGCUUCCGGCUACACGCUAACCCCAGACGGGAAAAGCUGCAAGCACAAGGACGCGGUGAACGCUGAGCUGCUGCUCGUGACACGGCAUCGACUCGUACUACUCGACAUGAACGGUAAUGAGAAGGCAGUGUUGUUGACGAACAUCACCAAUGGGGUGGCAAUCGACUACGACUUCCGGAGCAGUCGCGUCUAUUGGAGUGACGUGGCGGCGGGGAAGAAGUUUGGGUUUAUGGGCAUGUACGCCCAGCCGAAGAGCUACAAACUAUUGGCGGGGAUCAGCAGUCGGAGUCCGGAUGGGUUGGCGAUCGAUUGGCUGGGGAAGAAUUUGUAUUGGGCGGAUAAAGAGGAUGACAGCAUCAAUGUUGUUGAUAUGAAGGGAAUGUAUCGGAGGAGUUUAUUAAAGGGCCGCCCCCUCCAAGAACCACGUGCCAUCGUCGUCGACCCAAUCGAGGGCAUCCUCUUCUGGUCGGACUGGGGAGAUCGAGCUCAUAUCGGCCGGAUGGGGAUGGACGGCUCGGCACUAAAGAUCAUUCUGGACACCAGCCUGCGCUGGCCGAACGCGCUGGCGUUAGACGCCCCCGCGAAGCGGCUCUUCUGGGCCGAUGGAAUGCUCGACUACAUUGGAUCCUGUGACUAUUGGGGAAAGGAGCGUCGCGUCGUGAUGACCAAGCCGAUUCGACACAUCUUUGGGCUGACGCUGUUCGAGGAUUUCAUCUACUGGACCGAUUGGAACAAUAGGACCGUUGAGAGGGCGCAUAAGCUCACGGGGGAGGAGCACAAGGUUUUGUUGCAGGUGCAACACCGCCCUAUGGGCAUCAAGGUCAUCCACCCACUUCUGCAGCUCGUCGGCCAAGAAGCCGAUAAGCAUCCCUGUAAAGAUCGCCUGACAUGUGACAACCUAUGUGUGCCCAAGGGAAAGAACGAUUACAUCUGUCAGUGUGCCGAGGGCUUCAAGGCCGAGGGGACGGCGUGCACGUCGAGUUGUAAGAAAAGCGACUUCGUCUGCCACAACGCCUACAAGUGUCUGCCAUUCUGGUGGAGAUGUGAUGGUCAGGAUGACUGCGGGGAUGGCGAAGACGAACUGUACCACAUCAGCGGAGCGUGUCCGGAAUUCAGAUGCGAGCCGGGGCAGAUGCAGUGCAGCCAGCCGCGGAUCAUCUACCCGCGUGGGGACACGACACCGGCUACAGUGGCGCUGAACGCUACGUGCCUGUACUCCUCACAAAUAUGUGAUGGUACGAAUGAUUGCCCGCUCGGAGAUGAUGAGUCACCAGAGCUUUGUUCCGCAUACGAAUGUCACGAGUCGCAAUUCAAAUGUCCGAACGGCACGAAAUGCCUCCCAGUGACAGCUGUAUGUGAUGGACAUGAUGACUGCGGGGAUGGAAGUGAUGAGAAGGAUUGUGAAAAACUCCUCUCCAAUUGUGGCACCCAGCACUUUGCCUGCACCAAUGGCAAGAGCGGCCAGGUGGAGCGGUGCAUCUCCAGAUCCUGGAUCUGCGACGGGGAGAAAGACUGCCCGAACGGCGAGGACGAGCCUCCGACCUGCAACACACGACAGUGCGAGGCAGCUCAAUUUCGGUGCUCCAGCGGAAAGUGCAUCCCGAAGACCUGGAGAUGUGACGGCCAGAAUGACUGCCUCGAUGCCAGCGACGAGAAGGGCUGCGACGAGAGGAAGCCGGGAAAAUGCAACCCAAGCCAAUUCCAGUGCGUCGGAAGCGAGAAGUGCAUCGCACAAAAUUGGGUUUGCGACGGGGAGCAAGACUGUCUGGAUGGGUCGGAUGAGACGGAUUGCGAAACCGAGACACUGCCCGACUGCGACCUGGGAAACUUCAAGUGUCUGGACGGUCGCAAAUGCAUCCUAGCACGCGAGAAAUGCGACGGCAAGCUAGACUGCGACGACUCGAGCGAUGAGCUGGAGUGCCCGGCCUGCACCAACGGCACAUUCCACUGCACGUACCCCUCGUCAAAGUGUAUCGCGCCGGAGAAGUUCUGCGACGGCAUCAUCGAUUGUCCCGACUUCAGCGAUGAGAGCUAUUGCCAUUGUGAUGAUAAUAAGGACGCAAAAGUCGGGGAGGAGCCAAAGUGGCUGCGCUGUUUCGAGGACGACAAAUCCCCGACGGAGGCCAAGAUUUGCAUAGCCGGCGAUCGAUUCUGUGAUGGGGUUCCGGAUUGCCCGAAUGGACACGACGAAGACCCGAAGACUUGCGAGCGUCACACUUGCCCCUCCGGGUAUUUGAGAUGUCGAAACGGGAGCCAAUGCUAUCCGCAGAGUGGCCAUUGUGAUGAGAUUCCGGAUUGUCCGGAUGGAAGUGAUGAAGAUCCACACUUUUGUGACUCGAAAUGCGCGGGGAGGAUGAGAUGCGCAAACGGGCGGUGCAUACCUUAUUAUCGGUUAUGUGAUGGGAAUGACGAUUGUGGCGAUGGAAGUGAUGAGCGGCAUUGUGGCAACUCACCGUGCGAACGUUUCGGCACCUGCUCCCAGUUGUGCGUCGAAGAAAAAGCGGAACUCGGCCAUCGCUGCGCCUGUGCCCCCGGCUACACGAUGAGCUCGGCCAGUCUGGGGCGUUGUAAAGCCGACGGCAAACGAAAAGCCGAAGUGUAUUUCAUGGACGGGAACGCGCUGCGGCGCGUCGAGCAUACCGAAAGCCUAACACGCAUCCACAGCGAGCUGUUGCGCAUCGGGCGCCGGUACCCGGUUUCCGAUUUUGAUGUCGUUUUCUUGGAUGCUGAUGCCCCGCCCGUUUAUGUGUGGAUUGACGUGUUUGCCGGGCAGGUGAAGCACGGCCAGUUCGACGACUUCAUCGCCGCCGAAGCGAAACGUGGGCGUCGCGACCUGGCGGAAGAGUCCGACCAGCUAAUGCCGCUCGUCGAUCUCCCGAAAGCCCGAGGGCUCGAUGCCUUCCACCAAGAGGCCCCUUCACUUGCCGUCGACUACAUCCACCGUAACGUCUACGUCGCCCACAUGGCCAUCACGUUCACCGACGCGAAGAGCCUGAUCUCCAUCGCCCCACUCAGCGAGCCGAAUCGAUUGAUUCCGGUCGUCGAAUACCAUCUGGAAAGCGUGACGUCGUUGGCCGUAAAUCCGGUGGCAAAGAAGCUUUGCUGGACCGUCCUUCGCCCCUACCCUGCAAUCGAGUGCUCAGACUUGGGCGGAGGGCAGAGGAACACCUUGAUUCUCGAUGACCUGUACGCGCCCGACUCGCUGGUGUUUGACGUGCCCAACGACCGACUCUAUUGGACUGACUUUAAAAAGUCAACGAUCGAGACGAUUCGAAUUGAUGGAAAAGACCGUCGCGUACUGGAAAAAUACCCGCACGGCCACGACCGUCCCUACAAACUCGACGUCUUCGAGGACUACAUCUACGUCUACGGUCGGCCCCUCGGCACCUUCUGGCGCACCGCCAAGUUCAUCAAGGACGACAGUCUCUUCCACUACAAGACCAACAAGCACGACAUUGGCCUCGCGAAAAAAUGCACGCAUCUGAACGUGAUGCACGGCAAAGACGCACCGUGCGGCCCGAACAUUUGCCACAACGGCGGUGUCUGCAUCGACAAGGUGUACGGCCUCUGCGAGUGUCCGGGUGGCAUUGGCGGAAAUUCGUGUGAAUGGGAUCCGUGUGAGAAUGCGUGUCUCAACGGCGGUGUCUGUCGCUUGGAGCGGAAGAGAUCGUUUUCGAGCUUCGAACCGACCUGCAUAUGCCCGUACGACUUUGCCGGGCGGCGCUGCGACCGCUACAAGUGCACCGGCUACUGCCUACACGGCCUCUGCUCCGUUCACAACGAAACCGGACUCCCGAAGUGUCGCUGUGAGGUCGGCUGGAGCGGGCGUACGUGUGAUAUCAAGGAGACGAACUGUGACCACGAUUUCUGCUUCAACGGCGGAUCAUGUAGAAUGGAUGGGGAUGGAUAUCCACUUUGCGAUUGCCCUAAGGAAUAUCAUGGCCGCCGCUGCGAGAACUGCAACACGUACGCCGGGGAGAACCUGGUGUGCAUGAACGAGGGGCGAUGCCGAAAUCGCGACAAGUGCACGUGUCCGUCCGGCUGGUCUGGUGCGACCUGUGAGGUCGACCUGUGCAUCGGGUACUGUAAGAUGGGCAGCUGGUGCGUACACAACACUACCUCGCCCAACGGGCUGGAGUGCCGGUGCCGAGAUGUGGAUAAGAACCCAGCCGGUGGCAAAUGUUCUCCAAUCUGCGCGCAACGACGGAAUUGGUGCAAAAACGGAGGGGAAUGCGUGGAUCUGCCCGACUAUUCCUCCUAUUGCCAAUGUCCACCCAAGUGGGGCGGUCCGCGUUGCGAGGAGCCGCGCGGAUGCGACGAUUUCUGCGCCCAGUCGAGCCAAUGUGUCGAUAGGAAUGUGACGCACUGGGAGUGCCGAUGUUCGCGCGGCUUCUCGGGGGACCGCUGCGAUACGUUUGACGGUUGUUCACCUCCAUGCCAGAAUGGGGGAACUUGUCGAAGGGAUGGAAAAUCGAACAAUGGCGUCUGUCAAUGCCCAAAAGGGCUGGGGACUAACGACUGCUCCCUCGUCACGGCCCAGUCGUGCGGCCAACUUGAGUGUGCAAAUGGCGGAAUCUGCACGUCCAGAGGGCCAUCUUGCAUCUGUCCCCUCGGCUGGGCGGGGCUCGUAUGCAGGACCCCGUCAUGCGAUGGCCUGUGCGUUAACGGCGGCCAGUGUGUCACGUCUGAGAAUCGAGCAAUGUGCAGAUGCUCCGCGAAGUACGUGGGCUCUCGCUGUCAGUACGAGUUGAUCCGGCAGCCGGCCGAGGAGACCGACCAGAGUCGUUUCUUGAUCGUCUACCUGCCCCUUGCCCUCGUGUUCUGUCUGGCUGGCUUUCUACUGUACAUGGUAUUCAUGCGUAGUGACCGCUUGCGCCAAUUCGCGCAAUUCUCGCGGGCCCGCAUGGUGGAGGAGGGCGGGGAUACGGCGCUCGAGGAAUUCCAUAACAACCCAGUUUUCGAUCCUAACGACGCUCCGGACGGCAAUGAACAGCGCCGGCUGGUUACUAGAGAAAAUUCGGACACGUUCUGCAACCCGGCUUUCGAGGAGGACGUCUACAACGAUACGGUAAUCCGGGGCGGCCGCGAGCAGGCCCAGCUUAUCCCCGGAACCUCGGAACUACGCGCCAACACC